AUGGGGGAUUCAAGGCCGCGUAACUUCGCCUGCGAUUCUUGUGGAAAAGCUUACAUCCGCAAGGAUACUCUUCAGCGACAUCAGACCCUGGAGUGUGGGAAAGAUCCCCAGUUUAAUUGUCCCUACUGCUUCAACUGGCCUGAAAUAUUCAGCGGCCCAACUAAGAGUCGCCCUUUCGCUUGUAAAGUCUGCAGCAAGUCUUACACUUGUAAGGGUAACCUGAACAGACACAUGUCCUUCGAAUGUGGGCAAGAACGGCAGUUCCUGUGUAUGAUGUGCGACCAGAGGUUCUAUCGGAAGUACCACUUGGAGCGCCAUCUAGUACUCAAACACAACGUCAACUUCCGAGAGAUUAUGGAAGAUGUUUUGCAAGCAGGCCUCGUCAAUCUGUCGCAGCUGUACCUGUCACAACUCAGUGGAAAUCGGAGUCGCAAGUUCGUCUGUCGGUCGUGUGGCAAGUCUUACAUCAACAAAGACUCGCUCCUGAGGCACAUCAAUAAAGAGUGUGGGAAAGAGCCGAGCAACCAGUGUCCUGAGUGCCCUUACAAGACGUUCCAUAAGUUUCAUCUGAAAACCCACAUCGCUUUAAGACACAAGAUGUUCAUGGACUCAGUGAACGCCUCCAGCAUCCGGUGAACUCAAUGAGAACUCAUGACCUUGUCAAUUCCGCAAAAAUAGUAUUUCUAAAGUUGUGAAAUUUGUUAUAAGACUAGUAAUGUAAUCGCAAAUUCUCUCUAAAGAGAUUUUAUAAAAGUAAAUUUUGCAGAGUGAUAAUAAUUCAUAGGCAUAUUCAGUAUCCAAGAAAUUCUUUCAAAGAGAGUUCAUGAGCUCAUAAAUUCAGUUAGAAUCCUGUGAAUUAUGUCAGAGAGAAUCAAUGAACCUUUAAAUUUGUCCAGCACCUGGUGAAUUUUUCCAUGAAGAAUUUGUGAUCUUGCUAAUUCUGUUAGCAUCCAAUGAAUUCUUUUGAAGAAAAUUCAACUCGUUGAUGUUUUUAUUUGACUUGGUUUGUAACUCAGUGAUUUUAAAUGUACAGUAGGCCUAAUCAGUUUUAAAUAUGUUUACGAUGAACAUUAUUUAAAACUCAGUUAGCAUUCAGAGGUUGUUCAAAUGUGAAGAGUUGUGACAGUAUUAGUGAAUUCAUGUUUCUAUCAUGAAUUAUGUUAAUUCUACUAUAGUUGGUCCUUUCAAUUUCACUUGUAUUGUUGAUUUUGUAUUAAUUUGUGCUUUAAGCCAUAUUAACCUUGUCAAAUUGACAUUUGAUAUUGUUAUUAUUCCAUUUACUUCAUGUUCUCUGUAAUUAAAAAUUUAUGUGUUUU